CGGCGCCUUCCUACCUGCUCGCGGUAGUGGCUCCUCGCCCGGACGCGUGAGGGGCUGACUGGCGGCCAUGCCUUGGCUGCUCUCGGCCCCCCGGCUCGGGCCCUUCGCCCGGAGCGCCCGCGGCCUCGCAGGGUGCACAUCUUGUUUAAAGAGGAGGUUCUCCCUCCAGCCCAUCCCACAGAGGAAGAUGCCCAGCCGCUACCUAGGCCAACCCAGCCCCUUUACACACCCACACCUUCUCAGACCAGGCGAGGUGACUCCAGGACUGUCCCAAGUGGAAUAUGCCCUCCGAAGGCACAAACUAAUGGCUUUGAUCCAGAAAGAAGCCCAAGGCAAGGGGGGGACUGACCAAGCAGUGAUAUUGCUCUCCAAUCCCACAUUCUACAUGAGCAAUGACAUCCCCUACACGUUCCACCAGGACAACAACUUCCUGUAUCUUUGUGGAUUCCAGGAGCCCGACAGCAUUCUGGUCCUUCAGAGCCUCCCUGACAAGGAGCUCCCAGCUCACAAGGCUGUGCUCUUUGUCCCUCGGAGGGAUCCCAGCCGAGAGCUCUGGGAUGGGCCUCGGUCAGGGGCUGAUGGAGCAGUGGCUCUCACUGGUGUGGAUGAAGCCUUCCCUUUGGAGGAGUUCAAGCAUCUGGUCCCCAAACUGAAAGGGGAGACAAGUACAGUAUGGUAUGACUGGAAUAAGCCCUCGCACGCACAGCUGCAUUCUGACUACAUGCACCCUCUAACUGAGGCCAAAGCCAGGAGCAAGAACCGGGUGAGGACUGUCCAGCACCUGGUGCAGCGCCUCAGGCUUAUCAAAUCCCCUGCUGAGAUAGCUCUCCUGCAGGGGGCUGGCCGGCUCACAUCACAGGCUUUCAUAGAGACCAUGUUUGCUAGCAAAGCCCCCAUGGAUGAAGCAUUUCUUUAUGCAAAGUUUGAAUUUGAGUGCCGAGCUCGGGGUGCAGACAUCUUGGCCUACCCUCCCGUGGUCGCUGGUGGCAACCGGUCUAACACUUUGCACUACGUAAAGAACAACCAAAUUAUUAAGGAUGGUGAGAUGGUGCUGCUGGAUGGAGGCUGUGAAUUUUCUGGCUAUGUGAGUGACAUUACCCGAACGUGGCCUGUCAACGGAAGGUUCUCUGCAGCCCAGGCAGAACUCUAUGAAGCUGUGUUGGACAUCCAGAAGGCAUGUCUGGCACUCUGCUGCCCUGGAACAAGCCUGGAGAACAUCUACAGUCUCAUGCUGAGUCUGAUAGGACAAAAGCUCCAGGAGCUCAGGGUGCUGACGAGACUUAGAGCCGACAACAUCUUUAAGGCUGCUCGGAAAUACUGCCCCCAUCAUGUGGGUCAUUACCUUGGCAUGGAUGUCCAUGACACCCCAGACAUGUCACGUUCACUCCCUCUCCAGCCAGGAAUGGUGGUCACAAUCGAGCCAGGCAUCUAUGUUCCCGAGGAUGACUGUGAUGCCUGUGAGAGGUUCCGAGGCCUCGGCGUGCGCAUUGAGGAUGACGUGCUGGUGACCCAGGACUCGCCACUCAUCCUGUCUGCAGAUUGCCCUAAAGAGCUGCGCCAUAUUGAGCAGAUCUGCAACCGGGGCUCCUGACCCACAACCCUGAGCCCCAUAUCCAUGCACACCCACCUCCAGGGUCCUCCAUGUAUACGGCCUCGUAUAUGCUUGUCUCGGGGUGGACACGCGUGUACACAUCCGCAUAUAUACAGGUGACAGACUUCCUUGCUCAGGAGUUGGGGACAAGGUCUCAGCCGGACAUUGUCUCUAUUCUUGGGAAGCCCGAGGAGGGAACUCUCUGGCUCUUAGUGACCACAGCUCUUGACAAAGGAGGACCUGUAUACACACGUUCAGUGUCGUGGGCAAGUGCAAGUUUUUGAUAUAAAGGGUAGGGAGGUGCACCUCUCUCCUUGGCUUUAAUUAAUAAAUCGUUUUAAAAAGCA